UUUCCUCCUGUUUGCAUUAUGUGCGUGCGGCCGGUGAUCCCGGAAGUAGUGUGCGGAGGAUUCCCCGAUCAUGGCGUCGCCAGGUUUGGAGCUGCUCUUUGCUCUAGCGGCCCCGGAGAUCACCGAGCCUCAGGACCCCCUAAUCUGCUUCAUUCACUGGGAACUGAUCAGCCAAGGCUUCCGCUGCCUGGGGAAAGGCGAAAAGGCCGGCGACGAUGAGAAAGAAUCAGAGAGACUUCCAGAUGGCUGGGCCAGCAACAAAGAGCUGUACACAUUGCGAUAUGGGAACAGCAAGUCAAAGAUUCUGUGCAAAGCUUUGAAAGUGGAUAUCACCUUGCUGGUGAAUAUUAUGGACAUGAAGACAGAAAAGCUCAAUAAUGUGACGCUGAUUGUUGGAGACUUCAUAGACAAAGCCCACCUGAAAGACUUCUCCAGGGUGUUUAAGAAAAAAAAAGAGCUGAAGCGACACUUGGAUACAGAACUAAUGUUACCACUGCUUGGCCCUAAGGUGACAAGUGGAAAGCUUGAGAAGGAACGGGACAAACCCCCAGAUUAUUUUACCCCCAGUGUCCCACCUGGCAGCUCUGCACCACAGCACACUCCACGCUCUUCUAGGGAGAAUCCCAGCGGGAAUAUUCCUUAUGGUGCUGCAGAUUUGGAUCCCUUGGGCGGGCACACUGGAGGCAUGAUCUUUGAUCCUUUUGGACCAGGUUCAAGACCCAGACCUGAUCCCUUAGUUGGCCUCCCUCCAGGAGCGGUGCCACCUGGUGCUCGGUUUGACCCCUUCGGCCCUCCGGGUUCUAGACGCCCAGGGCCUGACCCCGACCAUCUGCCGCCUCCAGGCUAUGAUGACAUGUUCAUGUGAUGUCUGUUGCCUUAUACUGCCAUUUAAAUCCUCUCCUUUUUGCUUUGCACUGUUUGCUUUGUUUAAAUGAAUUUUGGGCCAACAUAGUAUUUAUAAAGAAUCUAUAGCACCUCUUGGUGUUUAAGUGUAUUCAAACUGGACUUUUGUUACAAGUGUAAGUAAAGGUGCAUACAGUCAUUAGAGAACAUUUGCCUGUUU